AUGAGGCUGGGGAAGCACAAGUCUAAAAUACCUAAAUUAAUUGUUAACACAAAUAUAAGCAAGGAUAAAGUUCCAGUUUUUUCAGGGGAGGUCACCCAACAGUUAUCAAAAGCAUUGGGCAAACCAGCACAGUAUCUAGCAAUACAGAUCUCUCCUGAUCAGGUGAUGUCCUUUGGUGGCUCCACAGACCCUUGUGCUAUGUGCCUUCUCUACAGCAUUGGAAAAAUAAGGGAGCAGGAGAACAAGGUCUACUCCAAAUUGCUUUGUGACCUGCUGAACAAACAGCUGAAAAUACCAUCUGACAGAAUCUACAUCAGCCUCUUUGACAUCAGCCCCGGCUGUGUGGGCUGGAAUAACACCACCUUCACUUGA